GUCAGUCGGCUACAAGUUGCGCGGCGCAAGGUAUACGAGCAUGGGCCUGCCAGACAUAGAGACCAUACCCGAGACUGGGGCAGUCUUCACGAUCGGCCGUAGCAGAUUUGCGGACAAUGUUGCGUCACAUUUCUUCAUACGUAAGGAUCCGGUCGUCGCCAUUGAAUGCGGGGACGAGCAUUCUGCCGUUAUUUGUCAGAGUGGCAGACUUUUCGUCUUUGGCAGUAACGAUUGGGGUCAACUGGGUUUAGGUCACAAGAAUCACAUCAGCAAACCUUCGUGUGUAAAAAUCUUGAAACCGGAAAAAGUCACACACGUCGCAUGCGGAAGAGCGCACACUUUAAUAUGUACAGGAGCUCAAAAAAUCUUUGCGUGCGGCAGUAAUCAAGAAGGUCAACUGGGCCGGGAAAAUUCCGCGAUAGGCGAUAGCUCUAGUUCUCCAAUCUUGGUCUACGAUUGCGGACUCGCUGGAUCCAGGAUCGUUCAAAUUGCAGCAGGAUCGCAUCAUUCAAUGGUUCUGACCAGCGACGGAGAAGUUGUCGCCUGGGGAAGUAAUCUGGAAGGACAGUUAGGAUUACCGGGUGUUUCCGGUCUUGUUAACAAGCCUACAAAGGUCUCUAUUCCUGAGCCGGUGAAAGAAAUCAGCGCGGGAUAUUAUCAUUCAGCUUUUUUGACCGAAAGCGGUCUCAUUUAUGUCUGCGGCGAAUCGGAAAGCGGUAAACUCGGGAUCGAUGUCAACUUCUCUACACAAGUUGCACCCAAGCAGAUGCAAUUACCGGCACCGGCAGUUCAUGUCGCCUGCGGCGGUCAUCACACACUCGUGUUAGCAGAAAAUGGCAACAUUUACUGCUCCGGCAGUAAUGCCAGUGGGCAGCUUGGAAUGGGCAGGAACGUUAACGAAAUAUAUAUGCCAAAGCAUCUUGCACGCGGGUCUCUUCAAGAUGAAAAAAUCGUCAAGAUUGCUUGCGGUGAAAGUCACAGUGCUAUACUUACUGAACGUGGCAAACUCUUCACUUGUGGUGAUGGGCGACAUGGUAAAUUAGGUCUGGAAGAAAAUGAGAAUAAUGUUCACGAAGUAACAUUUGCUGCCAAAUAUCAGGAACUCUUCAUUACGAAUGUCGCAUGCGGAGGAUGUCAUACGAUACUGGUUGGUCGAAGACACAAAAUAGAUUCUCAAUCGCAAUCGGAUUCCACUGAGUCAGCCACGCAGAACAAAAGUUCUCUACCUCCUUUAAAGCUUCCUGUAAAUAUACAUAAUGAACAUUCCGUAGCGUCCACAACAGUAGACGCUACAGAAAAAUCGACACAUGAGAAAGAUGAUUCACAUCAUGUUGACAAAAUCAAUAAAACACGAAAACAUAAUAAUACUGAAACAAACUCUUCAAAAGAUUCGUCAAAGGAAAAUUCGGAUAUUGUCAAUAAGGAAAAAAAUUCGUCUUCGACGAGUAACGAAAAAAUCGCGAGUCCUAAAAAAUCAAAAAGUCCUUCAAAAACUAGUCCAUCGAAAAGUCCAAAAAAAAAGAAUCAUAUUCCAAGUACAAAUGCCAAAGUCGCAGAAUCACAACCGACUGACAAAGAUGAGUCAAAAAGCAAAGAAAGCGCGCAGAAUGGCAAAAAUACUGAAGACAAAACAGAUAAUAAAAAUAAAGAUGUACAGGAAAAUAAUGAAAAACAAAAAAAUAAUAAGAACGUGGAAAUGACAGCGACAGCAGCGAAGGAUGCCGAGGAGUCAACAGAAGCAACAGCUUCGAGAAUACACGAAGAAAAGAAACAAGAAAUGUCGAAGAAUCCCACACCACCGCCGAAACCACCAAGACUAAAAUCCGCAAGUAUCGAAAAUUCAAGCAACGAGAACGAUUCUUCACAAGAGAGCAAAAAGAAUGAGCAGAAGAAGGAAGGGCGCGAAAAGGAUGAGAGCAAGGAGGAUGAGCACGAAAAGGACAAACGUGAAAAUGAUGAAUGCAAAAAAGAUGAACGUGAAAAAAAUGAACAUGAAAAAGAAGAGCACGAAAAGAAUGAGCACGAAAAAGAAGAGCACGAAAAGAAUGAGCACGAAAAAGAUGAGCACGAAAAAGAUGAGCACAAAAAGGUUGAGCACAAAAAGGAUGAAUGUGAGAAAGAUAAGCGCGAAAAAAAUGAACACGAGAACAAUGAAUGCGAAAAGAAUGAGCUCGAAAAAAAUCAGCACGAAAAGAAUAAACACGAAAAGGAGGAGGACGAAAAAAAUGAGCACGAAAAGGAUAAACGUGAAAAGGAAAAAGGCGAGGAAGAGACGAAGACGAGCGACGAGCCCGCAGAUUCAAGCCCAAAGUCGCUUGAAAAAUCGAAAUCCGUAGUUUCAGAAACUAUCACGGAGAAGAUUGUAGAUACUAUUGAGAAUACGAUAGAAAAGGUCAAAGAGGAAGUACAUGGUGAAGAAUCAGAGAAAGUGGAGACCGAUGGCGCACAAGACGAUGCUGAUGUGGUGCAAUCUCCGCCACCGCGAACAGCUAAGGUGACGAAGUUGUUUAAAGGAAAGAGACAAGAGAUAGAGAACGGGAAUAAAAAGAGCAGCGCAGCAAAUCCAAAAGCAAAGUCAAAGACAUGCACCGUUCUGUGAUCGAAAAGACUUCAAAGAAAAAAAAACUAUAAUCCAUUAUAUUUUUUAUAAAAUACUAUGAUAAAUUUUCGUCGCUGGGACCAAUAUGUGUGGAACCGGAAAAAUCUUCUUCAAUAAUCAACAGCUCGAUUUAAUAAGAGUUUGCCUUCAAUCAUAUUUAUAGAAUUAAUUUAGAUUUCUCCUGCAUUAAAUAUUGUAUUAAUUUUUAUUUCUUGUUACGGCGACGAAGAGUUUAAAUAAGAGCAAUAAUUCACUGACUGUAUUUAAGCAC